AUGGAAUCUCACCACCAAGAUCCAGAGGAGCUUUAUGUCAAGCAGGACAGAAUUGGUAAAGGCUCCUUUGGUGAGGUCUAUAAGGGUUACGACAAGCGAACUCAGAAGACUGUCGCCAUCAAGAUUAUCGAUCUUGAGAGUGCCGAAGAUGAGAUUGAAGAUAUACAACAGGAAAUUCAAAUUCUGUCGCAGUUAGAUUCCCCUCAUGUUACCAAAUAUCACGGUUCGUUCCUUAAAGGAUCAAACCUAUGGAUUGUUAUGGAGUAUUGUUCUGGUGGCUCAUGUUCUGACCUGAUGAAACCUGGUGUUUUUCGAGAAGAAUAUAUUGCAAUCAUCGUCCGAGAACUACUUCGUGGUCUUGAAUAUCUGCAUGGCGAAGGCAAGCUGCACCGUGAUAUUAAAGCUGCGAAUAUAUUGCUCUCCGCAGGCGGUGAGGUGAAAUUAGCAGAUUUCGGUGUUUCUGGGCAGCUGUCUGGGACAUUGUCAGCAAAGAAAAAUACUUUUGUUGGGACACCCUAUUGGAUGUCCCCUGAAGUAAUAAAACAGAGUGGCUAUGACCAUAAGGCUGAUAUCUGGAGCUUGGGCAUUACAGCCAUUGAGUUGGCUAAAGGGGAGCCACCUUAUGCUGAAUUACAUCCUAUGAAGGUUCUGUUCUUAAUACCUAAGAAUCCUCCUCCAACACUGGAUGGAAAUUUUUCCAAACCGUUCCGUGAAUUCGUUUCAUUCUGCCUGCAACGCGACCCACGGGAGCGACCGUCAGCAAAGGACCUCUUAAAGCACAAGUUCGUUCGUAUGGCAAAGAAAACCAGCUACUUAACCGAGCUGAUCGAACGGCAUGAACGAUGGAAAGCAGAAGGUGGAGGCAGGCAGGAAGAGAACGAUAAUGACGUGGACAACGACCUACAGGAAAAUGGCGAUCAAGAUGAUUUAUGGGAUUUCGGAACUGUACGACAUGGAGGACGACCAAACACUAUUGGGAGGUCUCAGAAUUCAGUGCGGGUCCCUGGUCCUCCCUUGACAUGGGAAAACAAUUCGCCUACUUCUCCGCAGCACGAAGAGCCACCGCAUUCGCCAUCUAGACGGGUUGUAUCCGGAGCUUCAUACAGUUCCUCUGUCACUACGAAGGGCGAACUCCCUCCUUUGCCUCCUUCUGCUGGCACGCCACGGUUUGAACAAAGCACCGUUCGGCACAUGCCCCAACCGGUGGAAAGACCAAAAGGCGGUUCACCUGUAGUUGUAGAACAGCAUCUGACGGACGAAUAUGACGAUUACGAUGACCAAUUUGUUGAUACCUACUCAUCUGCCAAAUCGGGAAUGCUGCAACAGAAAAUGCAGGAGAUCCAUCUGGAGGAGGAUCUCCCAGACACCACCAUGCUCGACUCGGUUAUUCUGCCUGCCAUUGCUUCGUUAUUUCCUAGAGUUUCAUCACAAGAGGCACGAGUUGCUUUGAGUGCUCUGCAAAGGGCAUUUACAGAUGCGGAGAGGAUUAUUCCUGGUGUGACCCUCGAGCUUGUUAACGAGAUUGUGGAUUCGGUUGAACACGUUGAGGAUGAUCGAUGA